AUGAUAAUGAACAGGAUUAUAUUCGGGGUGUUUCUCAUCCUCACGUGCCGGCCCCCGGCCGCACUACGGGUCCCGCCGGCCGACUGGCAGCAGCCGGCGCCGGGUUACGGUGUUGCCGUCCCGACCGGAGCGGUGGGCAUCGUAGCCGUCCAGGCGACUCCACUUGCACAAGUUCCAUCCUUGGCAUCCGGAGGAGCCGACUCGGCGAUCAACCCGUUCAUUCGGUACUGGGAACCGGCCCGGUUCGAUCGCGGUUUGUUGGAUCUGGCCCAUCAGCAUCACGAACAGCACCGAAGGCGCCGCCGGAGCAUCAACUACGAGCAUGGUUCCGCCUCGUACGGACCAGCCAACGUGGUGCGAUUGAACUUCCGGGCUCAUGAUCGUGAGUUCCGGCUGGUACUGCGCGAAGACCCGCGCUCAGUAUUUUCCCGUGAUGUCCAGAUCGAGAACACCGAGGGCCCGAUGGACUACGAUCUAUCGCGCAUCUACACCGGCACGGUAGAAGACGAUGAACACUCGCACGUCCACGGUGUGCUGACCAGCGACAACCUGUUCGACGGUACGGUUGUCACGAACCUAGAGCAAUACUACAUCGAACCGGCCGCCCGUUACUCACCGGAGCUCGAGCGGCGGCACGGUGUCCAUACUGUGAUCUACAAACUCAGCGAUGUGAAAAUUCACCAGAACCACCACGGCCACCACCGGCCACUGCGGACCGCCACCGGGGGGGUGGGCGGCACCGGCCGGGAUGGUUCUGCGACGUCCGGUGUGCGUACGUUAAAUUUAGCAAAAACCCAGCCUAGCCCUAGUAUCCAAUUCAAUCACAUUCCGGAUGAGAGUGGCCGGCGAACCGAACCGGUGCACAGCGGUGAGCCCGAAGCAAGCGCACCGCGCACCACCGGCACUGCGACGCGGAAAACGCGCAGAAAACGGCGCUGGCUGGAGGAAGAAGAAGUGAUACAGGAGAGUAGAAACCCAUCGCUGCCACUAGAUCUAGAAGUACCCUAUAACAAUGACUACACGAUAGUGCGCAGUCACGGGAAGACGACGAACGCCGGCAGUACCGUAGCGCCGGUGGGUGCGUCACCCGGCGCCCUUCCGCCCACCCGCACCACCAUCAACCGGACGGUCAAUCGGGGCAUUAUUGGUGGAACGGGAAUCGAUGCACCGAUGGUACGAACUACCGCACCGGCCGUAAACAAUCGCAAGAACCAUUUUCUGUACAACAUCUACAAUCCGCACGGUAGCGGUAGCACCAUCAUUACGGGCGGUGGUAUGGUGAGCGGCAUCGGGGGUGGUGCCGAGCAGCACCCGUGGACGCGCACGAUCAACAUGACCGGUACGAACUACAACAAGGAUCACUAUGUGGAGAUAAUCACGAAGAAUGGAUCGACGCGCAAGAACAUCCCGGUCGCAGACCAUCCGGAUGUGAUGGUGAAUGGCAAUAUCAACCUGAACGUGCGGAACGAUCUUCACGAUCACCAUCACCACCAUCAGCAACAGCUGUUGCAGCAGCAGCAGCAGCAGCAGCAGCAAAAGGACCAAAAAUCCUUUGCCAACUCGCUGUACGAUCGGAAGAGCACUUGUAUGUUGUAUCUGCAGGCGGACCAUACCUUCUUCCAGAAGAUGGGCUCGGACGAGGCGAGUAUCGAAGCCAUCACACGGCACGUGCAGCGAGCUAAUCUCAUCUACCGGAAAACAGAUUUCAACGGUGAUGGCAAACCGGACAACAUUACCUUCAUGAUCAAGCGCAUCAAGGUGCACAACCAGAAUGCGCUGAAGGACCCAUUGUAUCGGUUUCCCGGAAACUAUGGUGUGGAAAAGUUCCUAGAGCUAUUUUCGGAGGAGGAUUACGAUGCGUUCUGUUUGGCGUACAUGUUCACCUAUCGCGACUUCGAGAUGGGCACCCUCGGACUUGCCUGGACCGGAGACCUCAAGAACGCUGGUGGCGUUUGUGAGAAGAAUGGGCACUACCGUGGUUCGCUCAAGUCGCUCAACACCGGCAUCGUCACGCUGCUCAACUACGGCAAACACGUCCCACCGGCCGUAUCCCACGUAACGCUGGCACACGAAAUCGGACACAACUUUGGCUCACCGCACGAUCCGGAACAGUGUACACCCGGCGGUGAGGACGGCAACUUCAUCAUGUUUGCACGCGCGACAUCCGGCGACAAGCGCAACAACAACCGCUUCAGUCCGUGCUCGCUGAAAGCCAUCGAACCGGUGCUGAACGCGAAGGCACGCAGCGCCAAAGGUUGCUUUACCGAACCGCAGGAAGCCAUCUGCGGCAAUGGUGUGGUCGAGCCGGGCGAACAGUGUGACUGUGGUUGGGAGGAGGACUGCAAAGAUUCCUGCUGCUAUCCGAUGUCUCGCCAUCCUCGCUUUGAUCAGAAGCCUUGCACGCUGACACCGAAGGCCCAGUGCAGUCCGUCGCAAGGGCCGUGCUGUACGCUCGAGUGUACGCUCAAGCUCGGUGACAAGUGCCGCGACGAUAAUGGAUGCCGCGAUCCGGCCUACUGCGAUGGCCAGAUGCCCGUCUGCCCGCCGUCCAUCAACAAACCGAACAAGACGAUCUGCAACAAGGAGUACGUGUGCUACAUGGGCGAAUGCACCGGUUCCAUCUGUCUGGCGUACGGGCUGGAGAGCUGCCAGUGUGCGGUCGGACCGACCGAUCCGCCCAUCAAGGCGUGCGAGCUGUGCUGCAAGCAGCCGGGCGAGGACAAACCGUGCCUGAGCUCGUUCGACUGGAACGAACCACCGUACGAUGUGCCGGACAUGUACGCGAAACCGGGCACACCCUGCAACGACUACAACGGGUACUGCGAUGUGGCCCAGAAGUGCCGGGAAGUGGACCCAUCCGGGCCGUUGGCCACGCUGCGGAAGCUACUGCUGUCCGAGGAGAGUAUUGCGAGCUUCAAGAAAUGGAUUCUCAGCAAUUGGUACACCGUCGCGUUGAUCGUGACCGCUGUGCUGGUACUGUUGGUUCUGAGCGCGAAGCUACUGGGCAAGCGUACCAAUCUAAAGCUGAAAACGGUCACCAUCAUACACAGCGCCACGACGGAAACGGUCCGCCUGCCGGAGGACAACAACGGUGUCAUAGUGCACACGGCCGUCCGCACGAAGGUGCCGCUCAAAAAGAAGGUUCGCGGCGAGCGAACGAAACCGUCAGCGGCGGGCAAGACCCCCAAGGGCCAGUCGACGGGCGCAGCGACAGCACCCAACGGCACACAAAUACCCAAACAGCUGCUAACCACAGUGAACGGUGCGACCACAACCACCACCGCCGUGCUACCGUCCACUUCCAAGGAGCUCCAGCAACGCCAGCAAGCGUCGGGCACGGGCGGUCCGGCCACCAUCCCAGCGACCGGUGGCGCCAAUCCAGCCACCAUAGUCAUUAAGCAGGUGAAGCGGCACGUUGGGCGUACCACCACGACCACCACGACGGUGGCGGGUGCGUCCGACAGUCCGAAACGGUUGCUGCGCCGGAAGAAGAAACGAUCCAGUGCGCCUGCCGCCGCCGGUGGGCCCUCGGACGAGUCGCCCGUCAAGGAACCGAAGCAGCAGAAGAAACACAAGAAACCGAAAUCAAAGCAUAAAGAGGUGAUCGACUACUCGGCCCGCAAUGCGUCCGAUGCGCACAGUCACAGCAACACCUUCGGGAAGGUUCACCGCUGGUUGCUGGAGUCACCGAUCGUGGCCACCCAGCAGUCCGGUGCAACCGGUGCCUACGAGCAUGCGUCGGCCGUAUCGAACAUUCUCAGCAAAAGUCAAUCCACGCCGGACCACCUGACGCAGGGCCAGCAGACAGCGGCCGGUGGAGCCGUCCCGCUGGCACAGACCGCCGCCGCUCGCUCGCCGAAGAAGACGCGCGUGAAAACAAAGUCCGUGGGUAAUUUGAACGAAAAGGUCCGGUUGCAGGUGGUUUACAAGCCACCGUUUAAGUUUAGCCUGAAGCUCUCCAAAACGGACCCGUCGGCCGUGUCGGGCGUGAAGACACACGUCGUGCCGGGACCGGUGGGUGGAAAGCGGAAAAGUCGCCCACUGACCGACCGGAAACGUGUUGGGCCGGGUGGUGUAGCGAGCGGUGAAGAUCAGCCACGCAAACGAUCGGCGAUCCUCGUCCGGCAGCAGGUAUCCGUGGCAGAGGAGAAGAUACCCUUCAUCGGUAAUCCGCUGGCCGAACCAAACUAUGAAACGCUCAACCCCCGACACGGGCUGCCCGGCGAGGAAGAUCAUCCCGGGGUGGAUGAGUCAUCGCACACGUACGAGAACGUGACGUUUGGUCAUGGGGAUGAGCCCGACUCGAUGGCCAUCACCGCCAACAACGCAUCGCCACUGCAACCCAAUGUGCCAUCCAUCAACACGGCCACGUUCCGCAUCAGUCGGAGCGCCAGUGGCACCCGAUUGCAGAAUUCACCCUCGAGAAGCUCCUCGCAACAACCGCGCGGCAGCACGUCCAAUCUAGCAACCGGCGGGCACCAUAGCAACAGUGGCGGACGCGAUCGACAGCGGCGUUCCAGCGUUCACAACAGCUCCACCAGUGCGUUCCGCGCGUUCGGAGGUGAUAGUACGGAGUGUCUCAUACGUUCCAGCACAACGAACCUCGCCAAACCCGGGCACGGUGGCAAGCGGAACAGUUUCGCGGACAAGAAGCGUUCCAGCUCCACCAACCUGAGCCGCCAUCAGUCCGGUUCGGCAUCCAACUUGCACUCGCUCAAACGGCACGGUUCGUCCAGCCAAAUGCUACAGCAGGACCCGACCGGAAGUCGUCGGAAUAGCAUCACGCAGCCGACGAAACUGUCCCGCUCGGCUUCGAACGGUCAGGGUACGCUGGGGCGACGCCAUUCGGGUGCAAACAAUGGGACGCUCGGUAGCAACAACUCUACCAACUCCAGUAACGGUAGCCAUGGCCACCAGCAUCAUCAUUCGCACCAUCACCAUCACACCGGGCAGCACCAGCGGCGCAGCAGCGUGGGAACGGCCAGCAGUGGGAAACCGACGAACCAAACGCAACACCAACAGCAACCGGUCCUAGCGCGGCAAACAUCGCUGAACGUGAAAACGAAUAUGGUGGCCCAGCAGCAUCAUCAUGGCCGACCGCACACAGCAUCGUGUGUCGAUGAGCCAAAGGCUGCGCAACGACCGUUCGAGUGGCCAAUGGUGCUACCAGGUGGUGUUGGUAGCAAUCGACGUCCACACGAUGAACCGCUGCCAUCCGAUCUGGAGGUGAUGGUUUCGGACGUGGAGAAUCUGGUCAGUGAUAGAUAACAAAGUUUUCCACAUAACAAUUAGCAAAAGUGUGCGUGAGAGUAAGAGAGAGAAAGAAAGAGCUAAAAGAAGAUAUUAGAGAUGAAAACAAGUGAUAUGAAGGAUAUAGAGUGGAAAGAGUUUUUAGUAGGCGGCGAACGAGAGAAGAAGAACGAACGAGGAAAAAAACCAGAGCAAUCUAGAUGAAAAAAAUGACAGAUGACAACCACCAAUUUCAAUUGUCAAUCAAACACAAAAUGCGACAAUGAUGGUGAUUGAAGCUGGUUAAACGAAACGGUUGCUUGUAUUACUAUUUUUAAACACCCAAAACUCUAGCUCCAUUUUUUACUCCUCUCCUCCAAACAAUCAAUAUAGUUUGAGCUGUAAGUAAUAAGAAGAAGAAGGAAAAGAGAGUUAUUGAAGAUGAUAUUUACAUCCGCACUGGACGAAGCUCUCCUACUUGCGCUAAACCUUCCUUAACCUCAGCAUCUCCCAGGCACGUGUUCAAUGGAGACGCCCAGUGUUUUGUAACAUUUCGUUCAAAAUCAACUCUCUGCCGGUAAUUACGCGAGAAUGAGAAGCACAGUAUCUCACCAUCAUUGUCCUCAAGGUUAAGUAGAAGAGGAUGAAGGAGCUAAACACAAAAGAAAGGUCAGUGUACGAGUGUACGAUGGAGAUGCCGCCAUGUGGACUGACGUAUUUUAUUGAACUUACGGUUUAAACAAAACGGUUUUGUUUUACGUUUGUAAUCCGUGCCAAUUAGAAGCAAUUAUUCGCAAACAAAAAAAAAAACACACUCACACACACUCAUGACUAAACACAUGCAAACAAACAAACGCUACGCUACUCGAUGUCUGCCUGUAACGCUAACGGCGUUACGUUACUCUGGUCGAAGUAAUAAUAAUUGUAAUGGCAGGGAGAGGGAAAAUAAACCCGAACCAAAAUCGAACAGUGGACAAGAACUA